UAAUCUCUUUCUCCCAUACCAGGGUUGCCAUGCUCCCCAUUUUCAUCCUUCUCUUCUGCAUUCCUCCUCCUAUGGCUCUUUCUUUAACUUUUAAGAAGCUUCCAUUGCCAACAGGUGUCACGGGUCCUUCAUCCUUUGCCUUUGACUCCUUAGGAAGAGGACCCUAUGUGAGUGUCCAGGACGGUCGAAUUCUCAAAUAUAAAACAGCCACUGCCGAUUUCGAAGAUUUUGCCUACGACGCACCAACUAGGUCAAGCGCAGAAUGUGAUGGCAAAACUAAUUAUGAUGAUUUGGGAGCCACCUGUGGGAGGCCAUUAGGUUUGGAUUUCGACCCUACAACGCAGGAGUUGUACGUAGCGGAUGCAUAUGUUGGGCUCAUGGUGGUGGGACCAGAAGGAGGGCUGGCAACCCCACUCGCCAACAGUGUAAAUGGGGUGCCCUUCCGCUUCCUUUAUGGUGUAGGCCUCGACCCGUUAACAAAAGAUGUCUACUUCACAGAAUUUAGUGCUGUUUACCAGCUAAGAGAUAUCACUCAGGCAGUAGUUAGUGGCGAUGCAACAGGAAGUUUAUUAAAAUACGAUGCAUUGACAAAGGAAGUUACUGUGUUGCUAAGUGGGCUUUCUGGAGCCUCCGGGGUUGCAGUUAGUGCUGAUGGUGAAUUUGUUCUCGUUGGAGAGCUGAUAGGUAAGAGAAUUCAGAAGUUUUGGAUCAAAGGUCUUAAAUCUAAUACCGUCGAAACUUUCAUAACCUUCGAAGGGAGAGUAAAUAGAAUCAGGAGAACCAUAUUUGGAGAUUUUUGGGUGGCAGUCAAUGAAAUAAUUAUAAUAAAUCCGCCCACCGAAGUCACUCGACCCACCAGGAUCAAGAUUGAUCCAUUUGGCAUUACUCUUUUGGAAACGGUGGCACUUGACAAGGAAUAUGGUAACACGAGAAUCAGUGAAGUUCAAGAGCAUCUUGGGGCAUAUUAUAUCGGGUCUCGAAAUGUGACUGUGAAUUUUGUUGGUGUCUACGACACCAUCUAAAGAGUCUUGAAAUAUUGGCAUGUGCUGCUGCUAAAUAUAUCGUUUCCUUUAGUCUUAUGCUAUGCUUUAAAGUCUUUCGUAGUUAUCAAAUAAACAAGGAAGCGAUUGAGUUCCCUUGAAGGUACAACGAGUCGUCUCUUGUAAGGAAUAGUGCCCUAAGCUCUAAUAAGUUUGAAAGACAUUUUUAUUUUAAAUUGAAUAAAAUUAUUUAUUCACUGAUUUAUUUAA